AGGAAGGGCAUGGUGUUGUGGACACAGAAGGCAAGAGUGCAAAGAUGAAGCUAACUGCAAUAGCUCUGUUGUGUAUGUCCCUUCUUUUGAUUCAUGUUCAUUUUUCACUGGCCUCGAAACCGAAAAUAAAACUUCCCAAAAUAAAGAUCCCAAAAAUUAUCCCCAAAAAGCCUAAACAAUCCAAAGAUUUUAACCAAGGAGGUUACCCCCAGCAACCAGCCAGGCCAGGGAGCUACCCUAACCAAGGAAAUUACCCCCAGCAGCCUGGAUACCCAGCUGGAGGUAGCUACCCUAACCCAGGAAGUUACCCCCAGCAACCAGCCAGGCCAGGGAGCUACCCUAACCAAGGGAAUUAUCCUCAGCAGCCUGGAUACCCUGCCGGAGGCUACCCCAAUCAAGGAGGUUACCCCCAGCAACCAGCCAGGCCAGGGAGCUACCCUAACCAAGGGAAUUACCCUCAGCAUCCUGGAUACCCUGCUGGAGGCAGCUACCCCAAUCAAGGUGGUUACCCCCAGCAACCAGCCAGACCAGGAAGCUACCCUAACCAAGGGAAUUAUCCUCAGCAGCCUGGAUACCCUGCCGGAGGCUACCCCAAUCAAGGAGGUUACCCCCAGCAACCAGCCAGGCCAGGGAGUUACCCUAACCAAGGGAAUUACCCCCAUCAGCCGGGAUACCCUGCUGGAGGCAGCUACCCUAACCAAGGUGGUUACCCCCAGCAACCAGCCAGACCAGGGGGCUUCCCUCACCAAGGAAAUUACCCCCAGCAGCCUGGAUACCCAGCUGGGGGUUACCCAGCACAGGGCUACCCUUAUGGAGGUGGACCUGGAGGUUAUGGUGGUUAUCCAGGUGGAUACAUGAACUAUAAUCCGAACAACAAAAUCCCGAGCCCUCACUAUGGUGGCAGCUUUGGUUACGGGGGCCAUGGUGCUGGAGGCGGCUCCCCCUUUUCCCACUCAGUUCAAGCAAUGGGUGUCUAUCCGUCUGAAAAAUCCAGAGGCUUUGGGCGCAGUGCGGUAAUGGCAGCAGCUGGAGGGGCUGUGGCAGGAAUGGCCUUGGGUUAUGGGUUAGGAAGGUUUCCCCGUCCUCACUUCCACUUCCACAGCCCGCAGGAGGAGUAUUACUACAACCACUACAUGUACAGGACAUAUGGCACCAAGUCUACUGAUACCAAUGACUACAGCAGAGACUACACAUACAGCAAACCCCCUGAAUCCUAUAAUAACUUCAUGGAUACAUGUGUGAGGAGAAAAGACCUUCUGCCUGUGGAGAAUCGACAACCAAACAACAAACAAGAUGCCACGACUACAACUGCAACAACAACCACCACAAAUGCUACUGUACCUACCACAACGACUGCUGCCCCAGACACUGGCACAAGCAGCAGCUUAAAGAGCAACAGCACUGCAGCAAAUACCACCUCGACCUCUGCACCUUUAGCUCUCAGCCCUCUGAAUCAAACUGGAACUGAGUCUGUGCCUUCAGCUUCACAAUUUCUCAAAAAAACUUCCACAGAUGAUGAUGAUGAUGAUGAUGACACAGUUAGCAUUGUGGAGAUUGGCUACCCGGCACUGAUCAAACAGCUGAAGGUGAGGAGAUGUUUGGAGUUGUACAUGGUGUACUCUGAAAAGUACUUGCAGAAAAAGACAGAACCCAGCCCACCCAAAGAUGGGGUGCAGGGACUGGAGAUGGGCUCACGAGGGCUUUUAGUGGUGGUCACCAGUACUGUACUGAUGCUUAUGAAUAGCAACAUGCUAGUGCUGCUGUGCUGAGGUCUUCAUUUGCAGCUGUGAGGUAGGAGAAAUACAGAAAUGAGGUGUACAACAAAGAAUGUAAUAGAAAUAAAUUAUCCACACAUUAUAAAAUUAAAAGCAGACAAUAUCAACCUGGCCUAGACAGAAAUUAUCUCAGCAGGACUGUCAUGGGAUUUUGUUCAAACAUAAGAGUGUCUCUAGAGGAUGAAACCUAAUGACACAAGGUCAAAUUUUCAGUUUUGAUUAACAUGUUUUGAUGCACUUUGGGUAGAUUGUCAAUCAGUGUUAAAAACAUUCUCUGAUCCUUUGACUUUCAAUCCCCGUGCCACCAUCAGAUCAUUUCCCUUGAAUAAUUUGGUUUUAUGACCAAUUUCCUGAAAAACUAUUGACAUUCUUAAUACUUAACAGCACUGUGCCAAAGCACUGCUUCAUAGAGCCACAGGCACAGCUGUAGAUGUUUUCUGUGUGAGUGGUUUAGGGGAUAAGCUUUCACUAUGGGGCUGGCACAGGCACUGUUAGGGUGAUGAUCUCUGUAAAUAAAGAGCCUGCCAGUAAAUGUGACAUAGUAAUUAUAUUAACUCAAGGAUUGCUGAUGUCUGAGACCUGUCUGAUUCAAGGACAGUCCAAAGAGGAAGACAGUGAAUAUUAUUGUACUGAAUAAAAAUUAUUUGACUUCAGAAGGAGAGUUUUAACAUUUCAUUAUAUCAAAUCAGAACCAUAUUAAGAAAAAAAAUAAUACUCUCUGCUGGUAGCCUACUCAUUUUAUUUGGAUACACUCCCCAGAUGUUUUUCUCUGAACAAUGAAUAUGAAUGACUGCAAAGAAAAAAAGUAGUUUCAAUAUUCAAGUAUUGUUACAUACUUUGCAUUAUACUGUUCUUUAUACUUUCACUCCACUACAAGUCAGAGGGAAAUACUGUACUUCAUACUCAACUACAUUUAUUUGACAUUUGUUACUAGUUAUUUUGUAUAUUUAGGAUAAAACAAACACAAGGCAUGUUUUGGCUUAUUAGGUAUUUGCAUGUAAGUCACAGUUUAAUGUUUUAUCUGAAUUGUGAAACACUGUUGUCUCUUUUAAUCUAUAACUUUGCAUAUAUGUGUAACUUACUUGUUUGUGUAACUUGCUUUUGUUACAUAAGUCCAUUUAACAUCAGAUACCUCAGGUGGACUUUCACUUUCAGCAGUCACAUUUUAACAUGAUGACUUUAACUCAAGUAUGACUUUUGAGUUAUUUAACACCAGUGUUGGGGGUAACACCUUACGAAUGCAACGUAAACAGUAAUAUAUUACUUUUAGUGGUAACAGAGUAAUAGAAUGUGUUUCUAAUGAUGUUUCAGUAAUAUAUUACCACAGUUAUGUCACCUAACGUGUUACAAUCUGCAUUACCGACCGAAGUGAUGAGUUUAUUGUUGUUUUUUUAAGAAUCCAUCCACACCAACAUGACCAUAUUAAUAUAGGCUACGCUUGUGUUUAAUAAAGCAAAUCCUGUAAGUUCUUUGUUUGUUGUUCUUGAAUCACAUAUGUCUAUUCAUAUUUUGUUCUGUGGACUAAAAUUAAAAUGCAUAGAAAAAGA